AUGGGCUGCGGCGGCAGCAAGGAAGAUUAUGAGGCUUCUGCAGAACCAGCCCGAACGGCGAGGCCAAAUUACAAGACUUCUGGGCCGGGACAUACUUUAGGGGGCAGCAGUAAUGGGAACGAGACAUCUGGUGGCGGUGGUGGUGGCGGUGGUGGAGCGACAAGUUCCAUGCCCUCAACCGCAGGAAAUGCUGCGGCAGCCGCGGCAGCUCGACGGGAAGAAGCACAGCGGGCAGCAGAAUCUCGUGCAAAGGCCAAGCUGAAACCGCAACCAAAUCCAGAACCAGCUAGUGGAGGAAAGGUCACAAAUUCGGAUACCCUUGCUUGGAAUUAG